UUCUGCGAUGCCACUUGUGUCAGCUGUGUGCGAUCUUUGUUGAGCCGGGUUCCCCGUAUUUCGAUGUGAAAAACCGUGACCAGAAACAAAAGCCGCCCAACUCGGAUCGUAGCAUUAUUACCUGACGACCACCAGUGGAUCCCUCAACAUGCCCACCAUCGAGCACAAGCUGAAUAUCACCGAGGAGGAGGUCCCGGAGCACAUUCGUCGACUUGCCGAGGAGCAGGGCGAGUGUCCCAGUUCCAAAGACAAGAUUAUCGAACAAUUUCGCACCUACAUAUUAGAACACAACGAUUGCCAACCACACAGAAAUGAUGCGAAAUAUUUGGAGAAAUUUCUGAGAGCCCGCUACUGGAAAAUAGAGAACAGCUAUAAAUUGCUCUGCAGCUAUUACAAAUUUCGGGAGCACAACAAAAGCUACUACGAGAAGGUUCGUCCUCUGGAGCUGCGUCACAUUGGACAGUCGAACAUCCUGACAGUGACGCCCUAUCGGGACCAACAUGGCCACCGCAUACUCAUCUACCGAUUUGGUCUGUGGCGACCCAAUCGCGUGACCAUCGACGAUAUAUUCCGGGCCACCAUUGUCCUGCAGGAGCUGGGCAGCUUGGAGCCGAUCUCACAGAUCGUGGGCGGAGUGGGAAUCUUCGACCUGCAGGAUCUGGGCCUGGAACACAUACUCCAUCUGAGUCCCAGUGUGGCACAAAAGAUGAUUGCCCUGCUGGUGACCUCCAUGCCUAUUAGGACAUCCGCCCUCCAUAUCGUUAAUCAGAAUUGGGUCUUCAAUGCGGCAUUCAAGAUAUUUAAGCCUUUCCUCAAUUCCGCCAUGAAAGAAAAACUUUACAUCCAUGGCAGUGAUAUGACAUCCCUGCAUAAACACAUCAAUCCAGAACAUCUACCCAAGCGUUAUGGUGGUUUGCAUGAGGAUUACUCUUAUACGCUCUGGCUGGACAUGCUGAAGGAGCAAUGUUCGGGUAAUGGUGUCCAAAAGGAUAUGGAACAAUUGGGUUUCAUCUUUGACUAGGUUUCGAGCUAACUUUAAUUUGAUAUAUUUGCGUAUGCUCCACUAGGCACUGAUUAUACAAAUUAUGAAAGGAAAAUAUAAAAUUAACAAUUUUGUACUCUUAUAAAAAUUAAA